CUGGCGCUGGCGCUGCUGUUCGUGGGCUGCGAGCUGCCCUACCGUGCCGCCCGGCUGGCGGCCGCGUGGUCGUCCCGACCUGCCGGGGACUGGGAGGGAGGCGGCCUGCCGGCGGCGCUGCGCAUCGUGGGGAUGGCCAACAGCGCCCUCAAUCCCUUGGUCUACCUCUUCUUCCAGGCAGGAGACGGCCGGUUCUGGCGGCGGCUGCGGAGGCGCCUGGGCGCAGUCUGCUGCGCGCGGCCGGGAGUCGCCGGCGACGAAGAGGGGGCCGGGGGCCACCAGGUGCUCCACCGCCACCGCUGGCCCCACCCCCAUUAUCAUCACGCGCGGCGAGAGCAGCUGGAUGAGGGCUGCCUGCGCCCACCCCCGCCGCGUCCCAGACCCCUGCCGUGCUCGUGCGAAAGCGUCUUCUAG